AUGUCUCCCUCUUCCGUUGCCUCUGCGCAGAGUAAUCUCCCUCCUCCAGCAGCCGCUGCGGCUCCUGCUGCCGGUGCGACAAGCGAAGACGCGGCAGCACCGCAUGCAACAGGCAUCGUCUCGGCUGCUGCAGCGCCACACGACCUCUGUGCAAAAACGACAAGAGCGGCAGAUUACUCCCCCCCUGCAUGCCCUUCUGCAAAACAGGAGGUGUUGCGUGCCCGUAGAACAGCGCGGCAGUCUCAGCAGAAGCACCAGCCUUUCCAGCCAAAGCUCGAACGCUCGCCAUCGCGCAUCUGCACAUGCAGCAGGGGCGGCAAGCACGCCGCUGCUUCGGAUGGUCUUUCUGAAACUCCGACUGCAAAUCCCACCAUUUCGGAGACAGGGCAUGGCGCUGCUGUGCUGCAGAAGAGGCGUUAUCCAGCGGCAUCACCAGCAGCAGCAUCACCAGCAGCAGCGCUCUGCAUCCGAGGGUCAAGGCAGCAGGAGCCGUCGCAAGCUUCGACAUGCCGCUCUGGGUGUAAUUGUGCAGUGCAGAGGCCUGUAGCAGCCACGAAGGGGGAGCUGCCCAGCUUGAGCAAGAGAAGCGGCAGCUGCAGCCUGCAGAGCAACAGCGGUGCCAGACAUUCAAGGUGCUGCUGUUGUCGUCAGCCUGUGCCAGCGGGUUCAGCGCCGCACGCAAGCAUGCAGCAGGGUGUCUCUAAAGCUGCGAUGAGAACAUAUCUCGAUGCAAAUGCUGUAUGGGCGCAAACUCACUCACUAGACAAGCCGUGUCUCGCUCCUUCCUCUGGAGGAGGCCAGUUUGCCUCACCACUGCCAACGGGAGCUGCUAAUCCUGCAGACACCCCUUGCCACCUAAUCGGUCUUCAGAGAUCGAUGACGAACUCAGUCGUAAAGCAACAGCCGACCGUUCUGGCACUGGCAGAAGCCGCACCCCCAGCAGACUGCCCUUCUGCGCCGUUGCAUCUCGACUCCCGUGCUCGUGGGUGGCACCGAGUGGCGUCUUAG